CCUGCAAAUGCGCUAGAGGAGUUGGCUGAUUUGGUUUUUGAUUAUUGGACAAAAACAUCAGACUCAGAGCCCUCAGAGUCAGUGUCCUCAACAUCUUCUGGAGCUGGACGACAACUAGCCUCUGCAGGUGUGGACCGCACCAGAAGCGGUAUAGAAUGGUGGAUACAAGUCGCAGAUCCUCAUGGAGAGAGUGCUUCUAAGGAGUUCCAUUGGGAUCGAGAUGAGGAGCAAGAUUUUUCUGACGCAAAGGGUCGUGGAAAGGAUGAAUCUACAACCAAGAAUAGUUGUACUAGAACAAAGAGGACGUCGAAAGAGUCGAAAGAGGUCUUCACUCAAACCCGUUGCCCGUGGUUAGCCACCGUGACUUACUUAACAGGUCCAGAUGCACAAGCGGAACUCUCAGUCGUGAAGUCAAGUUUGAAAACGAACCUUAGCAGCAUGAGAGGCAGGAAAACCACGAGUCAAAGACAGAAUUUUCUUGCGCCCACGAUCGUGCUAGACCAAGCGCCAUUUGAUCACGAAGAGUCUACUCCCAGCAGAACGAAGAAGAAGAUGAAGAAAGGGUCUGAUAACAAGAGGGAGGUUUCUAGUGCCUUGGUAUCUUAUCCACGGAAAGGAAAACAUAUUGCCUUUUCAGGCAACCUCUUGCACGGAAUCCCAGUUGAAUUCGCUGUCCGUGAUGGGAAAGCAAGCAGAAAGACAAAGAUGAGUGACGAGCCGCGUGUAACCUUCUUAGCGAACCUGUGGCUAAAUUGUCUGCCACCUCAAAAUAUACCGACUUUCGCGCAGUUUCAGCAUCUUCAUAGGCAAGAAGUCAAGAAAGAGGUCUCCUCGAGAAGCGCAAAUGAGGGAGCCAUUACCUCAGUUGUAGGGACGAAGGCAGCAGCCUCAAGCCCGCCUUUAGAUCUCGUUGCCAAGAAGAACCCAGACGAAAGGAAUAUUACAGCGCUUCUUGCUAGUAGACCCUUUGCUAGUAGACUUGGGGAAUCCAGCACAACUUCUAGUACAACCUUGCACUUACAGGCCAAGGACGUCGAGGACGUGGCAGGCUUCAGUUUCUCGCACCUUCGUAAGGCCUCGAAGAACGCAAAAGAUGAGGAUUUCGUGUUGUGGCUGCCAUUGCCGAAAAAGAAGAUUCUACGUGAAGUGGAAAGCUCAUUGCAAAUAAAGUUCAAUGGAGAUAUGGAUGACGGCCUUUCCUCUGACGAUGAAGAGGAAGAAGAUGAUCGAUGUUUCGUUGAAAGGCAGUAGAAGUUUGUUCUCCCGCAAUGAGCUUGACCUCAGCUCAGUGAGCUGUACAACAUAUUCUAAUAGUGAUUUCCUACCACUCCCACUUAUCGAUCCCUGACCUUGGCCCCCCAGCUAUCGCAGUUUCGGAACAGCCGUAUAAGUGAUUUCUCAGAGAUCUACUUUUUCCUGUGACCGCAGAAUGACGACACGAAGAUGUGAACGCCUC